AUGGAGGCGGCCGCGAUGAAAUGGUCGGAUAGAAGUAAAGUGGACCAACCAGUGCCCCUCGUGAUAGGUGUCUUCCAAUACCUUGCGGUGAAACGGGUCCCUGUGGCAUCAACUGUGAAUGCCCCGGACCUUGGACAUAGCCUUGCCCCAUUCCGGUCCCCAUCAACUGCUGCGGUGCAUGUUGUUGCAGCUGCUGAAGGUGCUGCUGCCGUGGGUGUUGCGUCUGCAGCUGUUGGAGGUGCUGCUGUGGCUGCUGCUGCUGCUGCUGCAGUUGUGGCAUCUGCAGCUGGAGCUGCUGCAUCUGCACCUGGAGCUGCCGCAUCUGCUGCUGUUGUUGGGCCAGCAUCUGCAUCUGUUGGUGCUGGGGCUGCAGCUGUUGAGGCAUCUGCUGCUGCUGCUGCAUCUGGGGAAGCUGUUGCUGCUGCAUCUGUGGAUGCGGUGGAGCCUGCAACUGCUGCUGCAUCUGUUGCUGUUGUUGCUGCAUCUGUUGCUGUUGUUGCUGCAUCUGUUGUUGUUGUUGGCUCGGUAUUUGUGGCUUGA